AAAGCAGGCGUCCCGUUUGUGAUAUGAUAUCUCAAUGUACGUAUAAUAUAUUACGUUGCCCGAAGAAUCAAAUGCCAGUUUAAAUCACAGAAAGACAUUCUAAGUCAACAUUUUACUUCGUGAUCACAGACGCAUGAUGAUGUCGAAAUUAGUCCCACAAAACCGUUUGUUCUUAGUUGGUACAAUGGUACUGGUGGUUGUUGUUUGGUCAACUUAUCACAUAGGUUCAAACUAUCCGGGUUUUCUGCAGCUGGACACAAACGAACACGUACCAACCGUAAGUGAGAUGUAUCCACAGGCUGUAAGUGCGAUGUAUCCACAGGCUGUAAGUGCGAUGUAUCCACAGGCUGUAAGUGCGAUGUAUCCAAAGGCCGACUGUGAUACCUCUGACCGUACCUUGCAAUCUUCUGACCACUUGCCACAUAAUGACUUACUCAAUGUCUACAAUGUUAGUCCAAACGGAAGUGACAUCAUUGUCUUUGUGCGAAUCCAGAAGACCGGAAGUUCAACAUUUGCAAUGCAUAUGGUCGAUGACCUCAACCCGACACCGUGGUGUCGAUGUGAAGGUAAAGCUAAAGACAAGUGCUCGUGUUAUAAAAAGUGGAAAUCGAAUAUUUUGUUCAAACGAAGGCUGCGUGAUAAACUCUGCCGAAGCCAUGCCGACUGGACCCACUUGCAUGCCUGUGUUGAAGAUGCGAUCAACAAACGACAUGGUCGGAAGAUCAAACAAAGACACCUGUACGUUACCAUGUUAAGGCACCCCGUCAAGCGUUACAUUAGCGAGUGGAAACAUGUUUCCCUGGGUGCCAGAUGGAAUAUCCCCCUUCUGUGCAAUGGCCGUUCCCCGACCAAAGAGGAACUCAUCCGGUGCUUCGAAACUGAUUGGAAGAAUGUGACACUGCACGAGUUCAUGGACUGUCCAACAAAUCUUGCUAUCAACAGACAGACCCGGAUGUUGGCCAACCUGAGCAUUGUGGACUGCUACAACACUUCCGCUUCCGGUUGGACUUACGACGAGAGACUGAAUCGCAUGCUGGCAAGCGCAAAAGAAAAUCUUAAGAAUAUGGCGUUCUUUGGUUUAACUGAAUAUCAGGAGCUGACACAAAUUCUGUUCGAGAAUACGUUUAAUUUAAAAUUUACUACCAAUUUCAAGACGUUUCCGUUUAACUAUACAUCCAAUGAAUACAACUUAACUGACAGCGAUCGCAACAAAAUAUUCUAUAUGAACAGAUUUGAUGUAAUACUUUAUGAAUACGCUAAAGAUUUAUUUUUUCAAAGAUUGAAAUACAUAGCCUUGGGAAAAAACAGUCCAAACUGAGGCGUAUAUUGAAUGCUCUGUACUGAAUGAAGAUUUACGUAUGUGUUUACGAGUAGUUUACUGACGUUCUAGCGGGACGGAAAUGUUCUCAUGGCUUUCUUUCAGUAGAUGUAUGGAUGUUCCACACAUAUAUUUAUAUACAUGUACAACAGAUCCUACCCGCUCUGACAUCGUCAGUAAACUUUUCAUUAAACGAUACAGUGACGUGGA